CUCACAAUACCAAAGAGUGCCAACUCAAAUACACUAAUGGAGGUACCAUGAUCACAUCCUUCACUCAUCACAGAGAGAGUUAGAAAUCACACAACACAACUUCUUCAAUCUUCACAAAUACAGACACACACAAAAGAGUCAUAAACACUAGUACUAAGUGAAAAGAGGUGAUGGGGAAUUAUAGGUUCAAAUUGUCAGAUAUGAUGCCUAAUGCUUGGUUUUACAAGCUUAAGGAUAUGGGAGGAAGAACAACAAGAAAUCAAACACCAACACAACAAAGGAAGAAAAAGCAACAACAAUCUUCUUCAACAACCUCAACCACACACUCAUCAUCAAAAUCAAACCAACCCCACCAAAACAAUCCAAGAAAAUCUUACUACUUUACAAGAGAGCUUAACCAAACAAGCAAUAGAAUCUACAACACUUCACCACCAACAACAAACAAAAACCAAAAUGUACUCUUAGACACAAAUUUACUAUCUGAACCACCAAGAAAAUCAUCAAAACAAAGACCAAAAAGAAGAACACCAAAAACUUCAACUUCAUCUCCAUUUGAUAGCUCUGAAGAAACAGAAUCCCCUGACCCAGAAAUCAGAACAGACCGUGUUCUUCUUCCAACUGUGACAUUUGAUGAAAAGGUUACACUUUGCAAUUGCAAGAUGCUACUACACAACACAAAUGACAUCAUAAUCGAUGUUGACAACAAUUCCAUAGCAAGAAAAGAUGAUAAACUAAAUGGGUAUGAUUCAUUUUCAGAACUCAUGCAACUUCCACCAAUUGUGACCAAACCAGAAAAGUUCAAUGACUUGUUGAAAUAUGCAAAGAAGAAAGAACCAAAACCCAGAAGCAAAAUGGCUUCAAAUCAACAACAAAACAUAAAAGGGUCACUAAAAGUCAAGAUUUUGAAGGAAGAAAAGAACAACAUCAACACAAACACACCAAGUAGAAGAUUUUCAUUGAGUUCACCAGGUGUGAAGCUUAGGAUCAAUUCACCAAGAAUUUCAAGCAGGAAAAUUCAAGGACAUGGCAGGAAAAGCGUGUCGAAUGAUUCAAGCAACCGGAGAAGCUUAUCGGAUAGCUUCGCAAUUGUGAAAUCAUCGAUGAAUCCUCAAAGAGAUUUCAGAGAAUCAAUGGUGGAGAUGAUUGUGCAGAACAACAUAAGGACAUCAAAGGAUUUGGAAGAUCUUCUUGCUUGUUAUCUUUCUCUUAAUUCAGAUGAGUAUCAUGAACUUAUUAUCAAAGUGUUCAAGCAAAUUUGGUUUGAUUUGACUGAUAAUCGGUAGAAAAAUUGUUUAUCAAAGUUUAUGUUUCACACUAAAAAAAAUUAUGUUCAUAUGUUAGUGUGAGUAAUUAAUAUCUUGGUUAAGUUUAAUUGACUUUAUUGCUUAAAUGUUUCCAUUCUUAAAUUAAAAUGGAAAAAGGGAAAGUGAAUGACGAAUUUGAAACUAAAAGCACCAAUUUCAUGCACAAUGUCAAAGGUGUGUACGAUGAAAUUGAAUUGUAUGUAAUAAUGUAAUGUAACGAAAGUUUGAUCGAUUUAGAUUAAUUUAUAUGUAUUAAAUUGCUUAAAUACAA